AGCUGACCGGCUACCCCGCGGCGCAAGGGCUUCGGUGGCGGUCCGGGAGGACACCUGCGGUCCCCAGCGAGGGGGCUCCUGCCAGAUGUAAUCCACGACUUCAGAAUGGAACACUGGUGCCUUCUCCACUUCCUGUGAUCCAGCCAUUGGCCACUGUUUCUGUGGGGAUGCCUGUAAACCACCAGAAAUCAGACUCUUCGGAGAUGGACUCUGACUUGUCACCCAGUUGCAGGCUCAGUGACCUGAGCAGAGGGGGCAGUUUGGAGAGUCGAAGUAGCAGUUCCCGCUCCAGAAGUCUCACUUUGGAUGAUGAGAGCCUGAAGUACCUCACGCAUGAGGAAAAGGAUGUCAUCCUGUUUUUUGAAGAGACUAUUGAUUCCCUGGAGGAUGACUUUGAGGAGCAAGUCCUCUGUGACAGUGGGGUACCCUGCCACUCCCCACCAUCCCUGGAAGGGAGCACUUCCAGCCCCUCGGAGCCAGAAGAUGUGAUCGACUUAGUGCAGCCAGUACCUGCGGCUGGGGAACCUGAGUGCCUUCCGGGUGUGGCUGAAGCAGCAGGGGCUGGACCUGUUGGAAAGGAAGACAUUCCUGCCCUGGAGCUCGGGACACAAGAUGUAGAGAUUUCUCCUCAGCCAGAGUCCACGGUUCCAGAGGCCCCCCCUCAGCCACCUUCCCCACCCGUCCCCGCAGCGCCUGCCCACCCCAGGAAAGAGCUGCUCUCCGCUUCUCCUCCAGCAGAGCACCCAAAACUGCCCCGCUCCAUCCCCACUCCACUUGUUAUCGCCCAGAAAAUUUCUGAGAAGUUGGCAGGAAAUGAAGUGCUUUCACCCACCUCUCCCUCAAAGGAGGGCAGGCCUGGAGAAUGGAGGACACCGACUUCCACUGCCCCUCGAAAUGGAGACCACUCGUUGUGGCACAGACAUACGGCCCAGCCUGCACCCAAGGUCCACCGCUUCCCGAGCAACAUCAGUGUGACCAACAGUGCCGGGAGGGAGUUCAACAAGACUAUCUCCAAGGCAGCUGUCAACGUGCAGGAGCGGAAAGCCCGGGUCCUGGCCAACAUUAAUGGUGUCUCUUUUCUCUCCUCGGGAGAAGCGGAUGAUCGGGCCCAAAAGGGUGAUCUCCCUGAGCAGAGGAGAAGCGGCUCACCAGAGCAGGGGACACGUGACCACAGCAAGCCAGGCCCCGUCCAGGAAGCCACAUCCUCGUGGGCAGGAGGGCAGCCCAGCAGUCAGCAGUCCAGAGGUGUGCAGACAGAGCAGACCCUGCCGCUGGCCAAUGGCUUCCAGAGCAUCCACGAUGUCCUAAAGAGUGAGCCUGGUGGCUUUUUCUCUACUGGGAAAACCGUCACCUUCCAUCCGGACCAGGCUCUCACCAGUAAACUCGCACGCCAGAACGCCAGCAAGAGCUUGUAUGAGCACCGGCCUCCAGACUGCGGCCAGGAUGCUAGGAAGCGCUCAGGUUCGCUGCCCAGGGCGGUGGGGUUCAGACCCCAGGGCAUCACCGUUCAGUUCGCUGGCCGAGGCUCCACUGAGGAGGCCCGCCGGGAGGCCCUGCGGAAGCUCGGCCUGCUGAAGGAGACCUUGUGAUGGAGAGCGAGUGGGGGCUGGAGGAGCGGGACAGCCAGGCGUGUUUGGCCCAAAGUGGCGGUGCGCUGUAAAGAGUGGUCACCACCGUCCCAGUGGCGGUGCCCUGCUGAGGACCAGCCGUGACAGGCACCAGGACUCAGGAGUCCCAGCCGGGCGCUGAGGACAGUAAGGGCUGCCCCACCCCAUCCCAGCACUGAGCUGGGGUUUCCCUUUGUGAACGAGGGCCGGCCGCAUAUCGGCCUUUUUUGCAAGAACUCAGAGAAUAACCUUGAAGACCUAAAGGUUUUUGUGAUCUGUCACUUCCAUCUACUUUAAGGAUUGGGGAGGAUGGGACUUGGGUCUGAUUUGUUAUUCUUGAGUCUGUGCUCCAGCCGUUGAUCCCAAGCAUACCGACAUUCAUACCCAAACUGGCAAUAAGCCAGUCGAGGUCUCUCAUACCCACUUCUCCAAGACAGGGGUUUCCUCUCCUUUUCUAAGAAAAUAUUAAAAAUUGUUAAAUUUUCA